GGCAUUCGGCAGUAUAUAAGCGGCGGCUGGAAGAGGACGGACGGCUUUCCCAAGCCCGCGCCGCGCACUCGCCCCACCGCGCUCUCUUUUCAUUAUUAUUUACCCCCCUCCCCUUAAAAACCUCCCAAAAAAAAACAAAACGCCCCACCUCACCUGGAUAUACCAUUUAAAUUCUCCUCCGUAUCCACAUGGCGAGUUCGGCCAACUCAAACCCGGUGGUAAGAUGUUUUUUUCGUGUCCUAAACUCUACAGAUCAGUGAUUGAAGACGUGAUUAAUGAUGUGCGGGAACAGUUCCUUGAUGAAGGAGUGGAUGAGCAAGUCCUUAUAGAAUUAAAAACGCUAUGGGAGAACAAACUAAUGCAGUCAAAGGCUGUAGAUGGCUUCCACUCCGAGGAGCAGCAGAUUUUAAUUCAAGCUCAACAGCAGCAGCAACAGCAGCAGCAGCAGCAGCAACACCACCACCAGCAGCAGCAGCAACAACAGCAGCAUCAACAUCAGGCCCAGCAGCAUCAACAGACAUCGCAAGUGCGCACCAUCCCUGCUAAUUCAGUUUUCUCAUCUUCCCAUAAAUCAGGACCGCAAGUUAUUAUGCAAGAUGGAAAACUAAUACAGCAUUUGAAUCCAACUGGCAUGAGCGCAGCUGCCACCGCGGCGACUCUGGCAUUACCAGCUGGCGUCCCAGCGCCCUACCAGCUUUCUAAUGGACCAAUACUAACAAACACAGGGCAACUGCUGCAGUUUGUACGAACCCCGAAUGGGGCCCACUACUUCAUUCAGCCCCACCAGCAAGUUGUACUGGCACAGUCGGUCACUCAGCAACAGGUCAUUCAGCAGAUGCAGUCCGGCAGUGUGCAAGCACCUGUUAUACAGCAGAUGCUAACUCCCCUGGCACCGGGAACCAUCCCUCAGCAGACUGGAGUGAUCAUUCAGCCCCAGCAGAUUCUAGUUGCUGGGAGUAAAGUUCCUUCGAAUGCACAGGUGAUGCAAGCCACCACGGUUACGGCAACUCCUCCCACACAGGUGGGUCAGACCAACAGCGCUGCCCCAGUUCAGCAGCAGCAGCAGCAGCAACAGCAGCAGCAGCAACAACAACAACAACAACAACAACAACAACAACAACAACAACAACAACAGCAGCAGCAGCAGCAGCAGCAGCAGCAGCAGCAGCCACCUUUAGUCAUGCAAGUAGACGGGUCUGGGGACACCUCUUCUGAGGAAGACGAGGAUGAUGAAGAGGACGAGUACGAUGAGGAGGAAGAAGAGAAAGAAAAGGAGGAGGUCGGAGAGGAUGGACAAGUUGAUGAGGAGCCAUUGAACAGUGAAGAUGAUGUCAGUGAUGAAGAGGGCCAAGAACUCUUUGACACGGAAAAUGUUGUUGUGUGCCAAUAUGAUAAGAUCCACCGGAGUAAGAAUAAGUGGAAGUUUCACCUGAAGGACGGGAUCAUGAACCUUAACGGGAGAGAUUAUGUUUUUUCCAAAGCUAUCGGAGAUGCAGAGUGGUAAGAAUUCAGAUCUUCUUGAGAUGAAAGAACAGGCUUAUUGGACUGGACAAAUGUGCACUUAAACUGGAGAAUGAAGCCUGCAAGUGAACAGAACUACUGGAAUCCAAGCUACUGAGUUGUACACUACAUUACGUGGGGAAAAGCCUUGCCACUGAAAUGGCUAACAUUUUACAAAGAGACAAAGAACAGUGUGCUUAACUAUCAGUCAUACCAUAAUAUAGUCACUGCUUGCUGAUUGAUGAAUGCGUCUACAGAGCUAACGAGUUUACAAGCUCCAAGACUCUUCCAAGGAGAAAGCAUUUAGAGGACCUGGUCACUGUGCUUUGUGCUAAGUGCUGUCAUUUGAACUGCAUAGUAUAUAAAAAAAUAAGAACAUUCUUCUUUUAUAGGGGGAGGUUUAUAGCUGGGGAGACAAAAAUCUUGUAAAUUCAAAUCCCUUCACUGGUAUAGUGAUUGAAUAACUUUCAGAGCCAGGACCAAUGUAUCAUUAAGGUGUAGCAAUGGCUGAUAUAUUUUAAAAACUAAAACAAAGUUGAUAGAUGACUUUGAAUUGCAAACAGUUUGAUAAACCUAGACAUGUAUUCUGUUUACCUUUUUUAUGCUGUGAUUUUAUUACGGUAUGCAAUAUAGUUGAGACAGACUCUUCUAACCUAUCGUUUCCACACCAUACCUGUGAUAAUUUUCAAAGUCAGCCCGAUCCCUGAGGCUGAACACACCAAAUUGUGCUCUUAUAUCGUGCUGUUAUCAAGUGUUCCUUUUGCAGGCAUGUUUCAUAGUUUAAUUUUCUCCACGUGGCACAUUAAACUGUAGAUCAGUGCGCAGCCUAAUCUUAAUUGACGAAUUUUAUUUUGGACUGCCACAAUAAGUUUGAAUAGAAAUCAUCAUUCCUUAUAAUUUUCUUUCCUCUUUGUUUUAUUCCCUUCCUCACCCCCUGCCCCCCCCUCUCCCCCCGCCCUUUCCCUCCUAUCUGUUUUAUAUAAUAGUUUUCUAAUCUUGUGAAAGACUUUGGAAUUUAUGAGAAAAGUGAGGGGAUUUACCUUUUUAAAAUGACGAGAGCGACAUCACUUUUAGCCGUGUUUUCAACAGAGACAGUAUUAUGUGAUUAGUGGGAUGAUUGUGUGCGGGGAGGAAGGAAGUGGCAAUGUUUGCACAUGGAGUGGUGGAGCGUGCGACAAAGGUGAGCGCCUUUUUAAAAGAGAAAGAUAAUUUGCUUUGAGACAAAAACCAGCCAUUUACAAGUUUUUGCUUUUUUCUUUAAAAAAAAGUGAUAAAACAAAAAGGCCUGUACACACGGCGGGUUGGGGGGAAAGAGAAGGAACAAUUUAAAAUAGCUGAUCUCUUUUCUAACAGCUUCUUAGUCAACUGGUGUUGUACAUAAGUGUAAGAGGGAAAUCUAUUUAUUAUGUUUGUAUAAUUCAUCUUGUACCAUUUAAAUCAAGGUUCUUAAUAAAAUAAAGUCAUCUUUGUUUAAGGCCCUGCUUGUAAGACAGAGAACUUAGUAUUUUCUUGUUCUAAGAUCUAUUUUAAGUUACUUAAAAGUAUUUUGCCUUUGCAAAAAAAAAAAAAAUAAUAAUUAAAAACGCCCUUAAAGUUUGUGUUUAUUCCUUUUAAUUUACAAUAUUUUAUGUAAUUUCUCUGGGGGGAAAAAGAAGUUGCAUUAUUAAAAUGUAUCUCUCGUUUCCCUGAUCAUUGUAGGUUUCAAAUCAGAUUAAUGUUCAGAAGUGGAAGGGAGGUAGAUGUAUAUAUGUAUAUGCUUAACCCCAGCUUCAACAUUUUAAACUGAGUGAGAAUGAAUACUUUGUUAUAAUUUAUAUUUUUUAUUUCAAAUAUAUUGUGAAUCUCUCAAAUUGGACAAUUCAUUGUACAAAAAUUAAAAUUUCACUAUUUGUA